GUUCUCAGGAGGAAGAGGAGGACCUCGCUGCAGCGGCGCUGUGGGUCAGAAUGUCGGUGCUGUAUUCGGUGAUGGCGGGGCUGGCGGUUCUGCUGCUGGUGCUCCGCCGCUGCUUUCCGAACCUGCUGCACGACUUUAUUUACCUGCUGAAGGGGGUUCGAGUGGUGGCUCGGCUCAGGCGGUUCCGGGGUUCGGUUCCCUGCUACACGGUGCUGGACUGUUUUCUGGACGCUGUUCAGAAGCAGCCCGAGAAGAAGUUCAUCAUCUUCGAGGGUCAGACGUACUCGUACCGGGAGGCGGACAGGGCCAGUAAUAAAGUGGCCCAGGCUUUGCUCCGGCAGGGUGGGCUGAGGGAGGGGGACACGGUGGCUCUCUUCCUGGGAAACGAGCCGCUCUUUGUUUGGAUCUGGCUCGGACUGUCCAAACUGGGCUGCACGGUGUCCUUCCUGAACCACAACAUCAGAUCCAAAUCUCUGCUGCACUGCUUCUCGUGCUGUGGAGCCAAAGUCCUGAUCGCUGGAGCAGAUCUACAUGCAGCGGUGGAGGAGGUGUUGCCCGUGCUGAUGGAGCAGCGGGUGUGCGUGCUGUUGCUGGGGGAGAGCUGUGAUACAGACGGGAUUGUGUGUUUUAGUGAUAAAAUCAACGCUGCAAGUGACGAACGGCCACCAAUAUCUCUGCGCUCCAACGUGACCAUGAAGAGCCCCGCACUGUACAUCUAUACAUCAGGCACUACAGGUUUUCCGAAGGCGGCUAUGAUCAACCAUGAGAGAGUUUGGAUGGCGUCCCACCUCCAGUUCAUGUCCGGGGUUUCCUCUAGUGAUAUCAUCUACAUCUGCCUGCCACUUUACCAUAGCUCAGGAUUCCUCAUGGGCCUCACUGGGGCAAUAGAGCGGGGAAUCACAGUGGUGCUAAAGCGGAAGUUCUCAGUCUCUCAGUUCUGGGAUGACUGCAGGAAACACAACGUGACGGUGAUCCAGUACAUCGGAGAGACCAUGCGCUACCUCUGUAACACACCCAAGACGGACCGUGAUCGAGUUCACUCCGUGUGGCUGGCGUUCGGGAACGGUAUCCGUGGCGACACAUGGAUGGAGUUUCUGCAGCGGUUCGGAAACGUGCGUGUCACCGAGUGUUAUGGAUCCACGGAGGGAAACAUCAGCUUCCUUAACUACGUUGGCAAAAUCGGUGCCACAGCACGAGUGAACAUGUUCCUAAAGCGAACUUUAUCCUACGCUCUGAUUAAAUACGACACCGAGAAGGAGGAGCCGCUACGAAACUCCAGAGGAUUCUGUGAAGAGGUUCCUACAGGGGAGUCAGGCCUGCUCGUGGCCAAGAUCACUAACGUGGCUCCAUUCAGCGGCUACGCUAGUAUUCAGCAGCAGACGGACAGGAAGAAGCUGAGGAACGUGUUUGUGGAGGGAGAUCUGUACUUCAACAGUGGAGACCUCCUGAAGGCUGACGGGCAGGGCUUCCUUUACUUUCAAGACCGCAUCGGAGACACGUUCAGGUGGAAGGGCGAGAAUGUCGCUACCUCAGAAGUUGCUGACGUUUUAAUCUCCGUGGAUUUCAUCGAGGAGGCCAACGUCUACGGAGUCAAAGUGCCAGGUCACGAGGGCCGGAUUGGAAUGGCUGUAGUUAAGCUGAAGGAGGGGCGGAGCUUUGACGGUGGUGCACUGUUUGAGCAGGCGCAGAGGCUCCUGCCAGCGUAUGCCCGGCCACGCUUUAUCAGGAUACAGGUGGAGCUAGAUGUCACUAGCACUUUUAAACAGGUCAAGGUGAGGCUGGUCGAGGAGGGAUUCAACCCAAACGCCAUCCGGGACCCGCUGUACUUCCUGGAGGACAGGAAGAGAACAUACGUCCCCAUGACGGAGGACAUCAUGAACUCUAUCACUGCUGGAGAACUGAGAUUAUAGCGCACACACUUUGGGCCUCGGCCGUCGUUUGAUUGUAGUUUCUGUUAGUUUUGAGGGUGAAUUCAUAACUUUGGCUUUAGUGUUAAUUUACUUUGUUUCAGUUUCAGGUUUAAGUAUUAUAAACUCUAUGAUAGCGAGUAUUUAAUAAGAGUAGAAUGAAAUGAGUACAGCGGAUUAAUACGGUAAGAUUUAGCAGAACUAACUACCAGCCACCUGCUAGUGACAGCUAGUUUUAGUAAUGUUUUAACUUUAAAAUGUAUCACAUCGCGUCUCACAGCCUUCAGGAUGUCGACACCUAAAAACACUGUUGUUACCUUUGUGUGUUAAUGUUGAUAAAACCUGGUAAAAUAAAAUGCUUGGUCUGAAAAACGGCA